CCAACAAUAGAAACCACAUCCUGCCAUGUGCUAAAUGUUUAAAACAUAAAUAUGCUGAAUAAUAUUUGUAUUUAUUUAUUUAUUUACGUUUUUAAGAUCUUUCAGUUCAGCCAAAGAUGUUCUUAUGAAUGCUUUUCAGGUGUGUUUGGUGAUACAGAUGUAGUGUCAGUGAUGGAGGGAGAUUCUGUCUCUCUAAACACUGAUGUUACUGAAGUACAGAGAGAGGAUCAGAUUCUGUGGAUGUUUGGACCUAAAGAGACGAGAAUAGCUGAACUCUAUAAGAACAGCAUUGAUAUGUUUAACAGUAAUGAGAGAUUUGGAGACAGACUGCAGAUGGACAAUCAGACUGGAUCUCUGAUCAUCAGAAACACCAGAAGAACAGAUUCUGGACUUUAUAAACGACAGAUCCGCAGCCACAGAGGAAACUCAGACAAGACAUUCAGUGUUACUGUCUACGCUCCUCUGCCUGUUCCUGUCGUCACCAGUAACUCUUCAAUCUGUUCUUCUUCAUCAUCAUCAUCAGUGUCUAAUUGUUCACUGCUGUGUUCGGCUGUGAAUGUGAGUGCUGUGACUCUCUCCUGGUACAAAGGAAACAGUUUAUUGUCCAGCAUCAGUGUGUCUGAUCUCAGCAUCAGUCUCUCUCUACCUCUGGAGGUGGAAUAUCAGGAGAACAACAUCUACAGCUGUGUGAUCAACAAUCCCAUCACAAACCAGACUCAACACAACAUCAAUAUCACUCAACUCUGUCAGCCAUGUGCAGGUAGCGUACAUCAGAAAUCUGCAUUUUAAUGUAAUAAUUCACCCAAAAUUAAAAAUAAAGUAAUUAAUGCUUAUUUCUAAAGCAGUUUAAACUUGUUGGUUCACCCUGUUGAGUUUUCAAUUGACAAAAAUAGUGCGAGCAACCAAUAAUCAGAAGAUCAAGCAACUGGUGCUCUCCAUUGGUCAACACACACAC